AUGUACGUCGGGAGGAAAAGGAAGAAGCCGGUACCGAAGAGCCCCAAACCAUCACCCCUUGAGGGUGUGAAGUCCAACCCCUCCAAGCGGCAUAGAGACAGACUCAACCAGGAGCUGAACAAGCUGACUGGCUUGCUACCCUUCCCUGAAGAUGUACGUGUCAGGCUUGAUAAACUCUCUGUUCUCCGACUGGCUGUUGGAUACCUGAAGGUGAAGAGCUACUUGCUGGCUGCAGCUACAGAUGUUGGCAACUGCGUGCUGGAUCAGCCCAGAGCACUGGGAGGGAAUGGACAGACGGACCCGCAGGUUGACAAGGAGCUCUUUCCUGAGGGGGAACUGCUGCUCCAGGCACUCAAUGGAUUUAUCAUUGCUGUGACCGGAGAUGGCUACAUCUUCUACAUCUCCCGUACUGUGCAGGACUACCUGGGCUUUCAUCAGUCAGAUCUCAUAUACCAGAGUGUAUACGAGCUGAUCCACGCAGAUGACAGAGGCACCUUCAGAUGCCAGCUGCGUGGAGCCCCGGCAUCUGGUAGCACCCAGCAUGCUGCCAAUGCCCUUCCUGCCCCCCAGCCGCUGCUGGCUGGAUGCAGCAUAGCAUCCAGCCCCCAGCACCUCUGUCCUGAGAAGCCCUCUUUCAUGGAGAGGAGCUUCACCUGCCGCUUCCGCUGCUUGCUGGAUAACUCCUCGGGAUUUCUGGCCUUGAAUUUCUGUGGGCGCUUGAAAUUCCUUCUUGGGCAGCAGAAGAAGGCAUUGAACAAGUCCCCGCUUGCCCUCUUUGCUGUUGCAACUCCCCUCCAGCCGCUCUCCAUCCUGGAGCUUCGGACCAAGACGCUGAUCUUCCAGACAAAGCACAAGCUAGAUUUCACUCCCAUGGCGUGUGAUUCCUGGGGGAAAGUUGUCCUGGGGUACACAGAAACGGAGCUGUGCAGGAGGGGUUCCGGGUACCAGUUUGUACAUGCAGCCGACAUGAUGUACUGUGCAGAGAACCACGUAAGAAUGAUGAAGACAGGGGAGAGCGGGCUAACGGUUUUCCGGCUGCUGACCAAGAAGGGCAGCUGGGUGUGGGUACAGGCCAAUGCCCGGCUGGUGUACAAAGGGGGCAAGCCCGACUGCAUCAUUGCCCAGCAGCAAGCCCUGUCGAAUGAAGAAGGGGAAGAACAUCUGCAGAAGAGAAACCUGCAGCUGCCUUUUAGCUUUGCCACAGGGGAAGCAGUCUUGUAUGGGAAUGGCCUUCCUGAGUUCCUGGACUCCUUCCAGGCUAAGGAGGAGUUGCAAACACAAGCAAAUUCCCACUCAAAGCAGUGCUCAGUAGACCCCAACUCUCUUCUUGGGGCCAUGAUGAAGCAAGAUGCAUCCGUAUAUAUCUCACACUCUGAUAACAUGCCUCAGUUCUGCUUGCCAAAUCUCACCACUGAACCUGAUGGACCAAGCCAAAAUGAGGAAGCCGGUGAUGCCAAGCAGGACAGUGACUCCCUCCUGGUCGUUAUUGAAACCCUCUUUGAGAAGAGCAAGGUGGAUGGAAACAUCUGCCAGAGCCUCAGCGUGGACAAUGCAGAGCUGCAGCAGUGGGAGGAGUCUCUGCUCAGCUUGGGUGCAGAGGACCCGCCAGCUCAGGAGAUUGGCAAGAGGCUAGGCACCGAGGUGACCUCUUAUGUGGAGCAAAUGCUCCUCAGGGAGGAUGCUGGGAAGAGCAUGGACUUCCCACACUGCAGUGCAUCACCCCACAAUGAGGAGAAUGGUGCUGCGGCUCACUUCCAGCACUGUGGGGCAACAAAUUCAGUGCUUCAAGCUCCACCACAGUCCCAGGCACCUGGUGCACAUGGCCACGAUGCUGUGGUCUCUCUAGUCUCUAUUACAUCUGAGGUCACCUCUGUUCAACCAGAACAGCAGGUCCUGUUUAACCCAGCUGGGCUGGUGGGGGGGACUGUUCUGGAUGUCCCAGGCUCCAGCAACAAGCACUCUGUAGCACUUCAGCUGGCAAACCUGAGACAAUUGCUUCAAACAGAAGUUACCACCACUGCUCCUGUAGAUAACACUAUUCCAGAUGAUCAGUGCCAGCCUGGGUGUGAGCUGGUGAGCUUAAGCUGCCUACCUCCAUUGUACUCAAAUGCACUGGUGUCUCGGUGGCACAAUGUCCCAGUCCAGGCAAACCCAGCCAAUCCUUUGGGUCAGAGUACUUCUGGAAGUUGCCCAUCAGAGGCUUGGCUGGCCAGAGCUCCAAAAGAGCUGGAAGCAGCAGGAACACACCUGGAGUCACAAACUCUGCUGGCUGGCAGCCCUGAGAGUCCCCCAGGGGCAGGGCUAUGGUUCCUGCCGUCCCAACCUGGCCCUUGUCCUGCACGGGGCUUGCAUAAGUCUGUGUUCUCUGGAGCUGGGGACCUCCAUGAUGAGGAGGUUGCUCCCCCUGCACGAAUAUCAGCACCCUCAGGAGUCAGGCAGCUUCCAGGGGAUAGUGGCUCCUCCAAACAGCCCCCCAUACUCCCCCUGGAGCCGAGCUUUUCUUGGGAAGGGGAGCAGGACAAGUGCUUCAUGCAGCGCCAGCCGUGGCACCUGCAGGAUGGGGCAGCUCCUUGGAGACUUGGUGGGACAGGUCUGGUGCAACACAGUGGACUCCUGUUGGGAUCCAGCACCCAUGAGAUGGACCAUGUGUUGCUGCCUGAGUGCCAGUACAGAAAUAACCUUUCUGGACAUGAGACUGCCUUGCUUAGGGACGGCUCUGAAAUAUCCCUUCCCCCACAGCUGGGCACUUUGCCUUGCCCUAGUGAGAGCCACCCUAGAGCAUCACAUUCCUCACAGGGCUCAGUUUUGAAGUGCUCAGCAGCUCUCCCUGCAAAGGUGGUUGCAGGAGCGCCCUCCUCCUCUGAGUGGGGCGCUGGCUUCCCAUCAGCAUCUUUUGUGGGCAGGCAGCAGCUCUGUGCCUGCGAGGUCCGGCUCAAGGUGAGGUGUGAGGGCUGCAGGACCUGA